UGCAGCGGAGGCUGGAAAGGACAAGUUGAGAACUUUUUGUCGAUUAAUCAUCGUUUUAUCGAUUUAACAUGCCGAUUCUUUCCAAGUUCAUAUGUCUUACUGCAAGGUGAACCCCUUCUGAUGAAUGACAAGAUAAGAAACAUGCCUGAAAUGUUGCAAUAUGCAUGAUUAGGAACAUGAUCAAGAGUGCAGUCCUGAGUGAAGAUGUUGCAUGUGUUUGCCGUCAGCCCACAGCCCCAUGUUGACGAAACAGAUAAACUUCACUGUUGGCUACGUGUAGGUUCGUGGCAACACCAUGGUGAUUCUUCUUGAGGAAUGAAGAGUAUUUGGGUUGUCUUCUUGUUGUUGUGUGUAUUUUGUGACAAGAAUCGUGGACAAAGAACUAUAACCUGUGAUACCAGCAACCCAGUAGACUACGCGGUCGACCUCCCCCGAGCGGAAAUAGGCUUCAUCAUACCGCUCAUUCAACCGCCCUCCUACGGAUCAGACCAUGCAAAGUGUGAUAUCACUCUUGUUGCCGCUUCCACUAGCCUAAUAAAGAUCACGUUUUCGCUAUUUAAUGAGUCUGUAUGCCACCCGGCGAAGUUUGAUUAUCUCAUCACUGGAGAUGACUGUGAUACCCUCAAACGCUGUGAUUACCUUCUCAUACAUGAGCCCUACGAAACGUCAAGACCUCUGAAGAAAUACGAUGGAUUGCACAGUGGCGACACCUAUAAAUCUCACUCGCAUAAAGUCCACAUUCGUUUCUGCUUCAUCAAACCUUAUCGAGAUAUGAUGACCAGGUGGAAGUUGAAAUAUCAAGUCAAAGAGAGGAAAGGUGUGGAACUAUUUGAAGGAACCUCUGGCACAGUGCGUACGCCGUUCUUUCCCUAUGGCUACAGCAUCGGCAGGGACUACAAAUGGUUGUUUGUUCAUGCCGAGAUCCAGGGCUUUGUGUUCCUACAGUUUGAUGACAUGUUGCUUGCUCGAGGACACACCCUAGAGAUAUAUGAUGGAGGGGGCCCCUGGGCCAACCGGGAAGUCCGCAAUCUGACAGACAGGCGGCCAUUCUUUUCCACUGGGCCUAUGGUGUUUGCAGCGUUGAUGCUCCGUGAUGUCACCAAUACUCAAGUCGGCGCCGGGUUCAAACUCAGAUAUGACUUGAUUCAGUAUAAAAGAUACCUGUCUCAAUACAAAACACGCACGGAAGUGCUGGCCAACAACAGUGCCAUAUUCCCUGACCUGGAACCUCGUCCAUACACCGGUCUUUUGAGUCUCUUCGUCAAUGUACCCGGCUCUCUCUACUAUGACUACCUCUGGAUUAUUCCCCCAUUAAGGUCACCCGAGGCUGCUGUUGUUUGGUUGGUCAAUUACAGUUUCCCUGUCGGGAGCAAACUUGAAGUUCUAUUCGGCUACAACAGCGACGCUAACGUACUUUAUAGAUACGUUGGUUCGUGGAAGACGUCAAAGACAGUUAGUAACGCGAUUGUUUCCAAUAAAGGCCUCUACCUCAGACUCACUGGUUACUUUUACGGAACUGUCUUUGUUCACAUCUCAUAUGCCAUCUUCAGAGAUUUAAAGGAGGAUCAGUAUAAUGAUGAUACGCGUCAAGGUUGUAGCUUCCCUGGCGAUGUGAACAACAGCGUGCCAGCGAUGCCUGGGUUUGUGUGCCAUCUCUCCCGAUGGUGCAUCCCCGACUUUCUCAAGUGUGAUAAGAUACUCCACUGUGCUGGCAAAGAAGAUGAGUUGAAGGAGAUGUGUGAUAAAAAAGACCAUGCCCCCUCGACGACCACUAGACCCUACCGCUUCACGACCCAAGAUCCUUGUAACAGCCGGUCAUCAACUUGUGUUACUUCUACCACUAGCACUGGCAAAGAUGAAGGUGGCCAUUAUUACCUGACGUGGUUGUUCAUCUCGUUACCGAUUCUGCUCGUGGUCUGUAUAUCGUUCUGUAUGGUGUGGGUCAUACGCAAAUCUCGAAACCGGCACCGUAAUAACAGUCCACCAGAUUAUCAAGAGCACAUCUCUAGCACGAUAUCACACACAGUGUCGUUUACACGUACGCUGCAGCAGUCUGGGAACAUCGUCAACAGCCACAGCCAUUCCGACCUCCUUGGCCCCGGUCACGGCGAUAUCGGGCCAUUCGGAAUCAUCAAUCCAGCAAUGCAGCGCUCGGAGAGCAUGGACUCGAUAUUCAACAUGCCAGCGCCGCCAUCUUAUAGCGAUGUCAUUGCUGGGAAUGUUGGGACUAUGACGAGAUCGAUCUCACAGCCACCUCCUCCUAGUUACGAAGAAUCAGAACACAGAGAAACAACUCGGAGGCAAUCACUGCCAUGUCCACCACCGUAUUCGACAUUGAUGAACCGAGCUGCUGAACAUCGCCAGGCACGACGAGAAAGGGAGAGAUCUGCUCAAAGUGAUGGUGCGGUCUCUGGCAAUGCUAACACAGUUGACACUGAUAUCAAUUCAAAUGUUCAGACUGUUCCACCUGUUACUCUCAAUAGCAGUUGGGGGGCAAAUGACAUGUCAGGGUCAGAGCCUGAUUCUGCCGUGCCAGGAGUUGGUGCUUUAACUCCAUCAGCUCCGAUACUUUCAGAUGGCGACACAGAUUCUAACGUAACUCAAGUGGCCGACUUGUCUCCUGCUGUCAAUAAUAACAGUAUGAUUACUGCCUUCUCUAAUCCUCUUCUUGGGUCAGUUGAGCCUGGCACUCUGCCCCUCACGGCAAGAGAUGCAACUGUAAUCAUUUCAAGCAUACCUGGGGAUAUUUCUUCAGGUGUACAUAUCAGUAACAUAGUUACUGAUGUUGAUGCUCAAGGUGAACAUAUCAGUAACGUGGUUAGUGAUGGUAACUCGUCAGGUGCAACCAGUAAUAUGGUUAGUGAUGGUGACGCACCGGGUGUACAUAUCAGUAAUGUAGUUACUGAUGUUAAUGCUCCAGGUGUACACACCAGUAACAUGGUUGGUGAUGGGGAAGCUCCAGGUGUACAUAGCAGUAAUGUAGUUACAGAUGGUGAUGCUCCAGGUGUACACACCAGUAACAGGGUUAGUGAUGGUGAAGCUCCGGGUGUAGAUAGCAGUAAUGUAGUUACAGAUGGUGAUGCUCCAGGUGUACAUAUCAGUAACAUGGUUACUGAUAGUGACACGCCAGGUGUACAUAUCAGUAACAUGGUUAGUGAUGGAGACGCUGGCCAAGCACCCAAGCGAGAACAACGUUUGUCUGUUGAUUCAUCAGCCCUAUUUGCUGAAAGUCAAACUGAUCUUGCUGGUGAAAAUACAAGUAAAAAUGCUAGGGAAACCAGUAAUUUGGAUGGAAGGAAAUAAUCUUGACACUGUAAAAGACUGAUUUACAUGAAAUUGCUCAAGUUGAUGUGAAUGUGAUGAAUGAUUUGGACCACUUUCAUAGGGACAGUGUUUCAACUGGAAAUAACCUAGAAUCAGGGGAAGAAAUUAGUUAGAAUCUUUGCCACCAGGUUGGAGUACUGAUGAGACAAGACCACAAUUGAUUUUUUAAGCCUUUUAGCAGUUAAAUUGUCAAUGUUUGACCGCGACGCAGCAAAGAACGCGUGGUGUUGUGAAUCUGAAAUUUAGAUUAUGUUAUUCCGGACAGUCGGGCAAGUAAAUGGUGAAAAAUAAAAUGGUGAUUGACCACGGAAAUUUUUUUUUAAUCGACAAAUUAGACAGACUUUGAUAUUUCCACUCUUUUCAGCCAACUGGCAGAAAACACUCAAAACACGCCCCCUAUUACCCAAUUAGCAAAAUUCGAAAUUAAUUUUUUCAUCAAAUAAUUUCUUUAUAUCUGUAGACUUGCCACAACAAAUAUUUUUUCAAUACCUCUCCAAAUAUGUACUUGAGAGUAAAAAACAUGCACUCGUCUAAUAGAUAGGCCUGGACCCUCCAACCUAUGAAUAUUCAUUAGUGGUCUUGUCUCUGAUAUUCUUUACAUGACGUAUUCUGUAUUCUAGCUGUGGUCGGGUUGGCAGGAGAGAGAAAAAGUUUAGCAAAACCAUUUAGAGCAUCUGCAUGAGUUUCGAACGUUAUUGGGUCACUGAUAUCAAGACGACUUCAUUGAGGGAAACAUCAGAAUUUGACUAAUAAUUGAUUUAUUAAGAUUUGGGAGUUUUAACUGUUAUUUUUAAAAGAUGGCUGUUAAGUUGAAUUUGACUACGUAAACAUGUAGCCAAAUUGUGCUACACGUAUUGUUAAAUUUGUACAGCAGGUAAAAAACCAGGAAGUGAUGAAAUUUCACUUCGUAGUCACACUCUGAUGUUCCCAAACUGAUUUGUCAUAUUCUGAGUUUGGCUCGCUUUUAAAAGUGAAAGUUUAUCUUUUGUGUAUAAAGUAACUGUAGGCAGAUUUGAACAUGAAAACAAGCUUCAUUUGAUCUCUGAUAGAGAGUCCCUUAAAAGUAAUUCGAGAUUUUGAACUAAUCUUAUGCAGCCUGCUAGAUCUCAAAGAAGACCUUCAAAUUGUCGCAUGCUAUUUUGUGGUGCAUGUCUCUGAAUGAUGAUGCUGUGCUGCUAAGAGAGAGGGGGUUAACUUUUUAAUUGAUUUAUUGUCUUUCUUGAAUUACUUUUCAAGGGAACAUGCUUAUGUAUUAUACAUAUCAAUCUGGCCUACUUGAAUGUCUUUGAAAGGGGCCUAUAUCAUGAGUGCCAUGUCUGUUAUUUUGUGCCAUUACUGUUUAUGCAGUUAUUGCUGUUACUGUUUAUGUGCUAGAUUAUGAUACAGGGUGUUGAAAAAACAGUCUUGGUAGUUUUAAAAUGUAAUGUUUUCAAAGGGAGACUAUAGGUAUUUUUGAAUGGCUCUUUGUGGGUGAAUAGCUUGGUUUUUUUGAGCAUGGAUUUCACCAGAGAAUACAUGUAUCAUGUUGCUACUAGCUUUCAUGAACGACAUCGGAAAGGGUUGCUUUCUGAAAACGUUAAACUAAAAAACUCACAAGACUAUUUUUAAGGCCGUACAUGUUGCUUGAUUUUUCCAACUUUAUUUAUUGAUUAAAAUGUAAAAUACACUCGUUUUAGUGCACAUUAGGAGCUAGAGAUCAUGUUUUUAAAACAUGUUUUUCAAAAAUUUUCUUAUCUGUCAUAUUAUUAACUAAAGCAUACUGGAAAAAUCUUUUGCAGUGAAAUUCCCAGCAAAUGAGCGAUAAUCCACUCAAUUAAAUCAGCAAAUAAGUUAUUCUUGGCUAUGCUUAGAAGUUGACUUUUUGAUGUUUUCUUCUCAAUUAGAUGUUCAGAUGUAAUUUUAAGGGGUCUGACUCGAGAGGCCUGAUAUGGCAUGGAUUUGAAGGAGCAGUCACAUUCUGUUAUGACAGCUUAUGUAUGUGCCUCCUUAAAUAUAUAGGUAUUUUUGCCACGGGAGUCGAUGAGAUCUCACAAUUUAAAGAAACGUAUUCUUCUAGAUGUUAUCUAUAACUGUAUACAAGAUAAACGACUUGCCAUAUGUUGUUGUAAUUAUAACAAGUCAUGGACUGAUACCGAAUCAUUAAAUUUCCUGAGGUCCUCUUUAUUUCAAAUAUCCCCAGGUCCCCUGAUAUUUAUCAUAUUAGCUGUAGCUUAGAUGGAACUUAUUCCUGCUGCGACUUUGUCCUCAAAAGACCACUUCGGAUAAAUGAAACUAUUGUAUUAAACCGCAGAAUCUCUCUACGUGCAUUCUUUAAACCCCACGGAGCCUUAAUCAGACCUUCAUUUUCUAGGGAACUUGGGAUAUGACCAGGUAUUUAUUUGGCUCUCAACAAAGGAUGAAUGCCAGGAAAACAAGAGAUUAAGUUUGAAUAAAAAAAAUGCUGGCAUAAAUUUUGAAGAGUUGACCUUUAUUAUUGUUCUUUGCUGUUUUUUGGUCUAAUGAUUCGGUGUUUGUCCAUGACGGUUAAACUGUAUUGUUAUUUUAUGAGAAAUAUUGUUGUAUGGUGAAAGUAUUUUCAAAAUUCUACACAAAUAAA